AAUACCCCCUUACCAUGAGAGCGUCCCUUCAAAAUUGAAAAUAUUUUUCUCUGAUUAAUUCCACCUUUGCGUGGAAUCAACAUUACAUAAACAUAUACAUAGGACAGCUGAGAUUGUGUGAACUAACACACUUUCACACACACAUAAUUUCUCUCUCUUCUUACUUUCUCUCUAAAUUUUACAUGCACAAAAUUUUGUGUCUGUCCCCCUAGACAUUUAUUGCUUGCUUAGACUAAUCAAACAAGUUUCAUUUUUUGUAACCAAAAUUCUCUCUUCUGGGGUUGGCAAAGUCAACAACAUGCAUGAGUAGAGGAGAGAGAAGGGGUGAUUGAUUGUUUGAGUUCCAAAAAUAUUUUCUUUUUGCUGAAUUGAAUUCUGGGUUGGUGCUUGGUUUGGAGAUUGAGUAGAGGAGAGAGAAGGGGUGUUAUGAACAGAUGAAGAACGAAGAGCAGAAUCGUAGCUUGUUUGGAAUUUCACUCUCUGACAGACCCAGAUGGCAGCAAUUCCUCAUUUGCUCAUCAGGGUUUUUCUUUGGAUAUCUUGUCAACGGAAUCUGUGAGGAAUAUGUGUAUAACAGGCUCCAUUUCAGCUAUGGUUGGUACUUCACAUUUGUUCAAGGAUUUGUGUACCUGUUUCUGAUUUACCUCCAAGGCUUCACAAGCAAGCAAAUGGUGAAUCCAUGGAAAACUUACGUGAAGCUUUCUGCUGUGCUUAUGGGUUCCCAUGGCCUGACAAAGGGGUCUUUGGCUUUUCUCAACUAUCCUGCACAAAUCAUGUUCAAAUCCACAAAGGUUCUGCCAGUGAUGAUAAUGGGUGCCUUCAUACCUGGGCUUAGAAGGAAGUAUCCACUGCAUGAAUACUUAUCUGCAAUACUUCUUGUAGUUGGCUUGAUCCUGUUCACACUAGCAGAUGCACAGACAUCACCAAAUUUCAGUGUCAUUGGUGUUGUUAUGAUAUCUGGAGCAUUGGUCAUGGAUUCUUUUCUGGGAAAUCUGCAAGAAGCGAUAUUUACCAUGAACCCUGAAACCACUCAGAUGGAGAUGCUCUUUUGCUCAACUGUAGUGGGUUUGCCUUUCUUAAUCCCACCCAUGCUUUUCACAGGAGAAUUAUUCAAAGCAUGGACUUCAUGUUCACAGCAUCCGUAUGUUUAUGGGGUGUUAGUCUUUGAAGCAAUGGCCACAUUUAUAGGCCAAGUUUCUGUCCUCUCCCUCAUUGCGCUCUUUGGUGCUGCUACCACAGCCAUGAUAACAACAGCAAGAAAGGCAGUGACACUGCUAUUGUCAUAUUUGAUAUUUACAAAACCAUUAACAGAACAGCAUGGCAGUGGACUUAUACUCAUAGCUAUGGGGAUCACAUUGAAGAUGCUGCCUGAAAACAAAGUCACCAGCAUCAAGAGGGUCUUAAACUCUUCUUCAAGGGGCAAUAGUGUAAAAUCCACAGUUGAUGAAGAGAUGGGGACACCCACAAAUUCUGUAGGGGAAGAUGAUGAAAGGAGGCCCUUAGUCUAGCUUAAAAUGUUCCAAAUGCAAUUUUUAUUUCUGAAGUCAUUAUUUUAAAAUUCUUAAUUUCUUUGCCAUUUUCAUGUCAUGUGAAAGGAAAAAAGAAAAUAAUUUGAUGUCCAGUUAGUAUUUUAUAUUAUUUUUUUUAA